AUGGAUAAGGAGAAGAUGCUUAAGGUGUCGUGGGAGAAGGGUGGUUUGGAGUAUAAUGAGGAAAGAUUGAGGGGGGUAUUUGAAACAUUUGGUGAGGUUGAAGAUGUGGUUAUUAGAAGUUCCAAGAAAAAGGGUUCGGCUCUUGUUGUCAUGGCUUCCAAAGAAGCAGCUGUAAGUUUUUCUCAAAGAAAAACAUUAAUGGAAAAAAGGGUGGCAGCAAGUGGAAGUGUGUGUGGAGAUGUUUCAAAUCCUUUAUUGGUUAUACGACUUCAAGCAGCAGUAGCUAAUUGUGAGCCUGUGAAGUCUUCUGAUGGCCAACAACAUGUAAAUGAAGAAGAGGUUGUUGGUGAGGCAUUUGAAGAUUCUGUUUUGCAAAAACUUCAAAAGGCUGCUGAGAGACAAAAAUGA